CUGACUACGACGCUGGGGCCUCUCUGCCAGAGCAAAGGCUUGGUGGUUAAAAGCGUACAUCAUCGUCAUUAAUCCUCGAAGAUUCUCAACUAGACUCAAACCGGAGAUGAAGUUAUUGUCAACAGUCAGCACUGCGAUGGCGGCGUUAGCCAUCCUCGCAGAUGCAACACCUUCCGUGCCUGAUUCACCUUCGAAUCCUUUAAGCAAGCGAGACAAUAGUUGGACUGCUUGCGACCCCCAGAACUGGGAUAACCCCUACGAAACGUCGAACGGAAAGAAAUUCUACUACAACUGCGAAUGGACAUAUUCGACCCGACCUAGUGGCUACAUCACCGACUACAUUGGACGAUCCUUCCGGCUUUGCAUGGAUGACUGCUCUCACACGGCGAAUUGCAAGGGAAUUCUCUGGGAAGAGCGUACAAAAUCAUGUUGGCUGUUCAGGGAUAUUACCAAGCAGUCUGGUCGCGAAGUAUCAUCUAGUGAUCUCAACCAGGGCACCGACUCUGCGAUUCUUUGUGGAUAUGCAAGCUCGGGAUGCUAGGAAUGCCAAUCAUUGCAGAAUAGAAGUAUCGAGCGAAAUUUAUAAGAGCCCCAUUAGACUUCCAGAUUUCCAUAUUGACGGAGUACUUGAAUCAAUUGAGAAGCC